AUAUCAAAUACCCACCAAUAACAAUAAUAAUAAUAACCAAACGGAACCAAGAAAAAGACUGUAAAACGAGCAAACUUUUAGCCAAAAGACCACAAUGGAGACAAAGCCUAGUGACAAACCCACCACAAGCAAAGCGGCCCAAUCGGGAAAUUCACAGAGCCGAGCAUCACCAAUUGCUCUCAUUAAUAUGGGCUCGAAGUCACCAUCUGCAACAUCAUCUACUAACACCCCCACACUCGGACAAAUAGGCAAACAGGGUUCGAUGAAUUUUCGUCACAGUUAUCUGUACGAUAGUGAUGCCGACGACCAGACAUAUUUGUUACGCACCCCCUCGAUACGUUCUCAUAAAUUCAUUAUAAUACCAGCCAGCUCACCCAUGGGACAUGACAAGAAAUUUCCAACCGCUUUGUCCACCUCAUCAUUGACAUCUCUGCAAAAAUUACCCCUACGAUCGCCAACAAAUCAAAAUCUCAGUGAAUUAAUCGCUACACCAUCAACUCCCACCCCUUCAACCCCAUCACCGAAACCAGCUGUAAACAAAUUUCGCGCACAACCCCAACCAACUACAACAUCUACAUCACCACCAUUAUUAUUGUCUCGGUCGGAUGUCAUUCAUCAUCAGCCAAAUGUGUCCGAGUCGAAGAGAGCAAAACCGACAGCAGCAACACCGACGACAGCUUUGUCUAAUGUCAACAACACAAGUGUUAAAUUUACAAUUGAGGAUUACGAAUCUGAUAACGCCACUGAUGCAACAGCUACAACAACAAACGCCCCAACAACAAUAGCCACAUCAUCUUCAUCUAGAUUGGAUGCAUUGUAUUCAUCUAAUAUGCCUGCUGCAAUCACAUCAAUUUACUCUGCCAGCAACAACAGCAAUUUCACACUUCCAUCACAAUCAAAAUCCACAUCAACACAGCUAUUGUUGUCAUCCUCAUCGUCCACAUCAGUCACACCAGCAUCAGCUUUCACCAAAUCCCCACCAUCGUCCAGUGUGCGACCUGUCUCAGCUCUGUUAUCACCAACUCAGCACAAUUUUAAUAGUGGCAUUGCCAGUGCCAACGGUACUCCAUCACUGGGAAUUGGUUUGCGUCCACCUAACGAUCGUAAUAGCAGCAUGCGUUCUGUUGUAUCAGCCUAUUUAUCCGAUCCAAAUGAAUUAACCAUCAACAGUUUUAUCCAACAAGAUGGUGACUCAAGUUCCUAUUUAUAUCGUGAUAGUGUUGCCAAUCAAAUAUUUUCAGAUGUCACCUCCGUAAGAUCGUUGGCAUCGCUUGGCAUUGGAUCAACAGAUGGUCGAAGAUUGGUGAUAAAAAGGGUGCCGCAAACACCAACGGAAUUAUUAAAUAUUGUUAAUCCGCCAACACCACAACUACCCGAUGAUGAUGACGAUGAUAGUUUAAUGGAUAUGUCUGAUGAAACAUCCAAUUUGAAACCCAGAAAUCAACAUUGGGGUAAUAAAAUGCAAUUCGUAUUGGCAUGUAUUGGUUACUCCGUGGGUUUGGGUAAUGUUUGGCGUUUUCCCUACAUGUGCUAUAAAAGUGGCGGAGGUGUUUUCUUGGUUCCGUAUUGUAUUAUAUUGAUUGUCUGCAGUAUACCGUUGUUAUUUAUGGAAUUAUCAAUUGGCCAAUACACAGGCAGAGGACCCAUAGGUGCUUUAGGACAAUUGUGUCCAUUAUUUAAGGGUGCUGGCUUGGCAAGUGUCGUUGUGUCAUUUUUAAUGUCCACCUACUACAGUGUCAUAAUUGGCUAUUCGAUAUACUACUUCUUUACAGCCUUUAAAACAGAUCAACCCUGGAUAGAUUGUAAUAAUCGAUGGAAUACUCCAGAUUGUUGGGUGCCACAACGUUUGGCAGGCAAUGCCACAGCACCGGCCACAUCGAAAACACCUUCCGAAGAAUUUUUCCAAAACAAAGUGCUGCAGAUUAGUCCCGGUAUAGAGUUUCCUGGUGAUAUGCGUUGGGAAUUGUUUGCUUGUUUGAUAUGUGCCUGGUUAAUGGUUUAUUUUGCCACCUGGAAGUCCAUUAAAUCAUCAGCAAAGGUCCGUUAUUUUACUGCCACUUUCCCUUUCAUUUUGAUUAUUAUUCUAAUGGGGCGUGCUGUUACUUUGGAGGGUGCUGAUGAUGGUUUGCGUUAUUUCUUUAGGCCAAAUUGGUCUGAAUUGAAAAACGCCAACGUCUGGAUUAAUGCUGCCUCACAAAAUUUCAAUUCUUUGGGCAUCUCUUUCGGUUCAAUGAUUUCCUUUGCCAGCUACAACAAAUACAAUAAUAAUAUUUUACGCGACACGGUGGCUGUAAGUGUGGUGAAUAUUCUGACAAGUUUACUGGUUGGUGUUUUUGCCUUUGCCACCUUGGGCAACUUGGCUCUGGAACAGAAUACAAAUGUCAAAGAUGUUAUCAGCGAUGGUCCGGGCCUAAUAUUUGUUGUGUAUCCUCAGGCUAUGGCCAAGAUGCCCUAUGCUCAAUUGUGGGCCGUAAUGUUUUUCUUUAUGUUGUUGUGUUUGGGUUUAAAUUCACAGUUUGCCAUUGUUGAAGUUGUGGUCACUUCGAUACAGGAUGGUUUCCCAAAUUGGAUUAAAAAACAUUUAGGUUAUCACGAGAUUGUAGUUUUAAUAGUUUGUGUCAUAUCGUUUUUAUUCGGACUGCCAAAUUUAAUACAGGGUGGUAUAUACUUCUUUCAACUAAUGGAUCAUUAUGCUGCCUCUGUGACGAUUAUGUUUUUAGCAUUUUGUCAAAUGAUUGCGAUUGCUUGGUUCUACGGUACCGGAAGAUUAUCGAAAAAUGUUAAACAAAUGACAGGCAAGGCACCGUCAUUAUAUUUGAAAUCAUGUUGGAUUUUGUUUGGACCCUGUUUAUUAUUUGCAAUUUGGAUAUUAAGUUUAAUUAAUUACAAAGAGCCCACCUAUCACAAUGGCAACUAUACCUAUCCAGAUUGGGCCUAUGGUAUUGGCUGGAUGUUUGCCUCUUUCUCUCUUGUUUGUAUACCAUAUUAUGCUAUAAUCAAUCUGUGGAAAGCUCAAGGUAGCAGUUUGGCAGAACGCUUUCAAAUAGCUUUACGUCCAAAUAUUUAUGAAUGCAAAAUCUGUGGAGAACAUCAUUGUGAGCAUGAUUAUCCGGAACAAGAACAGUAUAUGUUAUCACAAGAAUUGGCCGGUGUUUAUAAAGCUACUACACCCAUACAUAACCAUCCACAGCCCACAUUUCCCAUGAAUAUGGGACAUAAAGCCGGUUACAACCCGAUGCAUUUGCACCAACAAGAAUCUGCGCUAUCGAGACAGGAACAUGUCUAUGAGAAACCUUCGACUUCAGUGAAUAAUACUACCGUUGAUGGACAACCUACUACAUCGACUAGAUGAUUAAUUACGCCGUAUAAUUUUAGGCUUUUAAUUUUAUUGCAUAUAUUGUAGUAUACUUUUAGGAUGAAUAUUUGAAAAUUAUUUUUUGUUUAUUUUUUCUGUUUUUGUUGUGCAAAAAUUGUUAUUUACAAAUUGCGUUUAUUAGUUUUUUAGUUUAAUUGUAAUGUAUGUAUGUCUUGCAAUUGUAGAUAAAAACUAUUUAGUAUUAACCAAAGACUUGAUGAAUCGUAUGAAAAUAAAAAUUUUCGCAAGCUUAAAA